GGAGGGAGGGAUGGAGAAGCGGGGUCGAGGAGGGAAGGUUCCUUCGAACCAGCUCGCUCUGCAGUCUGCGACGACGCCUCGGAAAGAUAGGCGGCUUAGCAUGUUUGAGAAGGAGUCUUAUGCGCAGAUUUUGAGAGAGAGGCUGAGAGAGUCGCUGCAUGAGGUUCAGUAUGUGGAGCCCCCGCUGGAGGACUCCACCGGCGACCUGGGCAAGGAGUGGAAGAGCGCCCUGGCCAGGCUGAAGUUCGCCAACACGUACCGGAUGGAGCCGCCGAAGAAGUUCCGGGCCCAAGCCGUGGAAACCAAAGUCCAGCGGAUACUGACGGAAAGUCUUAAAGAUGUCAAGUAUGACGAUACAGUCUUCUCUCAUCUGUCGCUUGAAUUAGCAGACAGCAUGUUGUUAGCGGUCAAGGAAUUCGGGUACCAGCGCUAUAAGUUCAUUAUAAAGGUGUUAUUUAUUCAAAAGACUGGCCAGGCAAUAAACGUCGCCAGCCAGUGGAUCUGGGACGUUGCGUGGGACAGCUGGGUCGCCGUGAAGCAUGAGACGGAAACCUACAUGGCAUUGACCUUGAUAUUUGCUCUUUACUGUGAGUGACCCGUCCCAGACAAGGCUUGCUGCUCCGCUUCUCAAACACAGGGAGUCCACAGACCUGUGCGUCUCCGGAGUCUCGAUUGGCCGCGUUUUUACCUCCAGCUGACCUGUCUUGCUUGUGUUCUCUCAACAAGUAAAAGCCACAUUUCUACCUUCAUACUUCCAGUUAUAUUUAUUAAUACUCUAUUAUCUGACAAUAUUAAAAG